AUGGCUGCGAAGAUAAAAGAAAUGGUCAGCCGGAACAAAAGGAGAUACCAGGAGGAUGGGUUCGACUUGGACUUAACGUGUAUCCUUUUCUUAAAUAACUAACGUUAGUUUAUCAUACAGUAAACUAGUCACGUGAGUAUGCAUAUUGUAUCAAUUCAAUAGCAAUGAUUGCUAGCUAACUAAUGUUUUUGAUAAGACGGGAAAGCAUGUUUUGAAAUAUGGUGGAUCUGUCAAAUGAGCACGUAUAAGUCUCUGAAGCUAGUAUGACAUCCAGUAACUAGCGAACGUUAGCUAGUUACUCAAACUCGUUAUUUACAUUUUAGUCAUUUAGCAGACGCUCUUAUCCGUCUAGUUAGCCCCACUUGCUAGCUAGUUAACAGCUAGCUACCAAGUUGUCAUUAUCAGGUACAGUGCCUUCAGAAAUUAUUCACACCCCUUGACUUCUUCCACAUUUUGUUAUUACAGCCUGAAUAAAAAACAUUUAUUACAUUGAGAUUGUCACUGGCCUACACACAAUACCCCAUAAUGUCAAAGUGGAAUUAUGUUUUUAGAAAUGUUUACAAAUUUAAUAAAAAAUGAAAAGCUGAAAUGUCUUGAGUCAAUAAGUAUUCAACCCAUUGUAAUGGCAAGCCUAAAUAGUUUCAGGAGUAUACAUUUUCAUAACAAGUCACGUAAGUUGCAAGGACUCCCUCUAUGUGCACUAAUAGUGUUUUUUUAAUGACUACCUCAUCUCUGUACCCCACACAUACAAUUAUCUGUAAGGUCACUCAGUCGAGCAGUACAUUUCAAACACAGAUUCCACCACAAAGACCAGGGAUGUUUUCCAAUGCCUUGCAAAGAAGGACAUCUAUUGGUAGAUGGGUACACAUAAAAAAGCAGACAUUGAAUAUCCAUCCCUUUUGAGCAUGGUGAAGUAAUUACACUUUGGAUGGUGUAUCAAUACACCCAGUCACCACAAAGAUACAGGUGUCCUUCCUAACCCGGUUGCCCAAAAGGAAGGAAACCGCUCAGGGAUUUCACCAUAAGGCCAAUGUUUAAUGGCUGUGAUAGGAGAAAGCGGAGGAUGGUUCAACAACGUAGUUAUUCCACAAUACCAACUGAAAUGACAGGGUGGUAAGAAGGAAAGCCUGUACAGAAUAUACAUAUUCCAAAACAUAUGCAUCCUGUUUGCAAUAAGGCACUAAAGUAAAAUGGCAAAAAAUGUGGCAAAGAAAUGAAAUCUGUCCUGAAUACAAAGCGUUACGUUUGGGGCAAAUCCAACACAACGCAUUAGUGGUACUCAGUGAUAUUUCCAAGCAUGGUGGUGGCUGCAUCAUGUUAUGGGUAUGCUUGUCAUCGGCAAGGAGUUUUUUUUGUUGUUGAUAAAAAUAAAAGGAAUAGAGCUAAGCACAGGCAAAAUCCUAGAGGAAAACCUGGUUGUCUGCUUCCCAACAGACACUGGGAGACAAAUUCACCUUUCAGCCGAACAAUAACCUAUAACACAAUGCCAAAUAUACAUUGGAGUUGCUUACCAAGACAACAUUGAAUGUUCCUGAGUGGCCUAGUUACAGUUUUGAUGUAAGUCGGCUUGAAAAUCUUUGGAAAGACUUGGAAGUGGCUGUCUAGCAAUGAUCAACAACCAACUUGACAGAGCUUGAAGAAUUUAAAAAAUAAUAAUGUGCAAAUAUUGUACAAUCCAGGUUUGCAAAGCUCUUGGAAAGUACCUAGAAAGACUAAACUGUAAUUGCUGGCAAAAGUAAUUCUAACAUGUAUUGACUCAUGGGUGUGAAUACUUAUGUAAAUUAGAUUUCUGUAUUUCAUUUUUUCAAUACAUUUGCAAAAAUGUCUAAAAACAUGUUUUCACUUUGGCAUUAUGGGGUAUUGCGUGAAAGAAAUAUAUACAUUUUAUCAAUUUUGAAUUCUGUCUGUAACACAACAAAAUGUGGAAUAAGUUAAGGAGUAUAAAUACUUUCUGAAGUCACUAAGUUGUGUUAGAAGUAACAUUAGCCAACACAUUAUUUGACCAAUUUAGCUUGCUAGCUAGUUUCAGGUUAGCAGCCAGUCAAUAUUACACUAAACGUUGUUGGCUACAAUAUGUUCAUGUAGACAUGACUACUUCUUUGCCAUUAGAUAGCUAAUGUUAGCCAACCUUCUGUAAUCUAAACUAACAUUUGGUUUGCUUGCUACAGUAAAACUUGACUUAUUUGACAGUGCAUGGAAGCUGGUUUGCUGCUGUAUCAGUGUUUUCUUAUCUUAGAUGACAUGAGGCAUAAUUCUAGCUACCUAGCAAACUAUCUAACCCAGGUUCCCUUAGGGUAUAGGUAACAUAUCUGGCAACCUUGGUUAAAAACCAUUUGAAGAAAACUAGCUAAUGCCAAAAGAGCCUAAAUUCAGUUCAUGUUAUCUUUAUGCAAAUUAUUAAUUCAAUAUGCCAAUUUUCGAUGUCUAACUUUCCAAUGAAUCACUAUAUACUUUUUACAAAUAACAUUCACACUGAUGCAGCACUGCCUGAAAAUUCUUAAAUUGAGAAGAUCUAAUGCAAAUAAAGUCAAAAUGGAAUCUGCAUGAUUGGAUAUUGUUAAUUUAUUGAGGUUAACUUCAGAACAUGCUCAUGUAUUCUGUCAAGUGAUGUUUGUGAUCUAGGCCUAUAUCGAUUUUGUUAACCCAUAGUAUGCUGGUGAUGAGAUUGGUAGUCCCUUGCAGCACAUCUCAGACCUGGCUAACCUGGCUCUGAUAUUGAAGACAAGUUUAUGGGAGUGCACCAUACGGGUGUGUUCUUGGAAUAGGUUCGGGACUGUAAAAUGCUGUAGCAGAGUAACGACUGGUGAAGCCUGGCUUACAAGCCAACAUCAGAAGUCAAGUUAUCGUCUGCUACCUGGUUGUGUUUUUUUAAUGGAUGUAUUUUAAGGUGUUUUGACACUAUUGAAACAGGCAAAUGGGGGAGAGAUGGUGGGAAGGGUGGACACGGAUUGUGUUAAUUCUAUAGUUUUCUCUGACAUGAGUAAUGUGCACAAUGUUUAUUUGUAGCAGUUUUCUGUGCACUUUGCCAUAAAUCUAGGGACUGUAAUGGCCUGUACACUCCUUUUUAUCUAUGGUGUGGUAGGAAGGUGUUCACCCUAAUGGCGAUACCUGUGACAGUUUAGUGAGGCAUUUGUUCAGUUACUUGUGUGCCUGAGCAAAUCAAAACAACUUGUCUCACAGUCUGUUUGAAACCACUGGUUGUGGUAGGCUAUGCAGUAUUAUAAUGUAGAGACCAUAUUGAUGUACAGUACCAUUCAAAAGUUUGCACAGCUACUCAUUCAAGGGUUUUUCUUUAUUUGUACUAUUUUCUACAUUGUAGAAUAAGAGUGAAGACAUCAAAACAAUGAAAUAACACAUGGAAUCAUGUAGUAACCAAAAAAGUGUUAAACAAAUCAAAAUAUAUUUUAGAUUCUUCAAAGUAGCCACCCUUUGCCUUGAUGACAGCUUUGCACACUCUUGGCAUUCUCUCGACCAGCUUCAUGAGGAAUGCUUUUCCAACUGUCUUGAAGGAGUUCCCACAUAUGCUGAGCACUUUUUGGUUGCUUUUCCUUCACUCUGCGGUCCAACUCAUCCCAAACCAUCUCAAUUGGGUUGAGGUCGGGUGAUUGUGGAGGCCAGGUCAUCUGAUGCAGCACUCCAUCACUCUCCUUGGUCAAAUAGCCCUUAAAACAGCCUGGAUGUGUGUUUUGGGUCAUUGUCCUGUUGAAAAACAAAUGAUAGUCUCACUAAGCGCAAACCAGAUGGGAUGGUGUAUCGCUGCAGAAUGCUGUGGUAGCCAUGCUAGUUAAGUUUGCCUUGAAUUCUAUAUGAAUCACAGACAGUGUCACCAGCAAAGCACCAUCACACCUCCUCCUCCAUGCUUCACGGUUGGAACCAUACAUGCGGAGAUCAUCCGUUCACCUACUCUGUGUCUCAUAAAGACACGGCGGUUGGAACCAAAAAUCUCAAAUUUGUACUCAUCAGACCAAAGGACAGAUUUCCACCGGUCUAAUGUCCAUUGCUCGUGUUUCUUGGCCCAAGCAAGUCUCUUCUUCAUAUUGGUGUCCUUUAGUAGUGGUUUCUUUGGAGCAAUUCGACCAUGAAGGCCUGAUUCACGCAGUCUCCUCUGAACAGUUGAUGUUGAGAUGUGUCUGUUACUUGAACUCUGUGAAGAAUGUAUUUGGGCUGCAAUUUCUGAGGCUGGUAACUCUAAUGAACUUAUCCUCUGCAGCAGAGAUAACUCUGGGUCUUCCUUUCCUGUGGCGGUCCUCAUAAGAGCCAGUUUCAUCAUAGUGCUUGAUGGUUCUUGCUUUACUUUUCUAUCUUGUUUUAAAAUUGAUACAUGUGACCAAUUACUAAUAUGAAAACUGGUCACUGUCUGAGCAUUAAGCUUACCCCACAUUGAAAGUGUCAAAUGCCACUAUUCUGUUUUGAAUGGACACAACUCACUGGAGAAAGGCAUUUAUGUAAAUAAAACUCAGUUUGUCAUUAUUCCCUGCCCCCUUUUCAGUUGUUGAAACCACUGAUUAAUGGAUAACAGGCUAAUCGUGUAAAGAUGGUGUUAUUGAGAUAUUGAUAUCAGAUUUGUCAGCUUCUGCAGGAUUUUCUGCUUGUGAGAUGGACGCGAGAGGGGUGUGUCAUUCAACCUCAGUGAUUCCUCUCUGUUGAUGAUGAGCAGCAGCCAAUCAGCGUGAGUCCCCUCUCUGCUUAUCUAAAUUCAGGCUCUUUAACUUAUUUUUUAUCGAAUUUGGCAUGGUGUCUUAAAACAAUAUGGGCUCUUUGCAGUUAUGUAAUGCAGUAGGGAUGCACAUUUCGGUUAACCAGUCAAUAAACAAACAAAAAACAUUGAAACAGGAAAAUGACGUGACCAACAGAAAAUACUAUGCGUGCAUACAAGGAACUGACAUAUUUCAUUACGAGCUUAAUGAAAAUAGGCAACAAUAGCAAGCCCUUCGUCUUACAGUCUAAAGGCUAUAGGCUAUUAUUGAACAUUCAACAGCUGUAGUGAAGCAUUUAAUACAACUUUAUUUUCAAACAUUUGCCAAAAUGCAAUUCGCGGGAACACCGUUCUAUACAGCGCACCUAAUGCGAGAGGUUCCAUAUGUGACGGAGAUGAACAUCUCCAUUAGAAACUUAAAAAGAGGGGGAAUCUAAUAGCAACAACUAGGAUGGGUUGCUAAUAUGAUUAUGAUUGUGCCUUUGGCUUCUGGACAAAGAAAGAAAGUUAUGAAAACCAAUAGAACAGGAGAGAAAUGCUGGUUAAUGGCAUGAGGAAGUCUUUAUAAAUAAUUGCCUCCAUGUUUCUAUGGUUGGAUUUUGGCUAGGCUAAUUUGAAGCAAGGUAAGACAUUCCUCAUUAUUUGAAGUAAAGUAAAAUUUUCAGGUUUCAAACAAUUAUACUGCCUUAAGCUCACAUUGCAAAGCGGUGGGUGACGAGCUGAUAGGCUGCCUACCGUUGACUAUAGCCUAUGCACGCAAAUGGGAGGCGCACUGAGAUUGAGAAAUAAAAAUAGUGCCUCUUUUUAAUUGUGGCCAUCAAAACAGUUUUUUAAACACGUGAUUGCAUUUAGAAUAAUUUGUUGCAUAAUGACUGUGCUUAUAAAAGCAUGUUUAAUUCCAGUACCAGCUUUUUUUAAGGGUCUGCUCUCGCAUUGUCUGAUAGGUGAUAGGCCAUUCCGCUCCUCAAACUAGGCUCUGUAUGCUGUGCAUGUGUGAUAAGAUACAUGACGACUAACGAAAAUACACACACCAAUUGAAUUCCACAAAAUUAUUCAAAUGAACAUAUAGACCGAUAAGCAUGACCGUUCAAAUGUAUUUUCGGCAGCUAACCGAUUAAUGGUUAAUGGUUAACCGUUAACCAUUAACAUCCCUAUAAUGCAGUAUCGGAGUUCUGGGAAUAAUCCUUAGAAUAGAGCACCAGUGAUCUUGUAUCAGCAAUGCUGCCUGAGUCCCCAUCUCUAACCCACCACCUUUCCAUAGCACUCUUUCUUUCCUGCUCUCUUCCCCACAUUCUCUCCUCUACUCUUACCCACCCUUCCCAUAUCAUUCGCUCUCUCUUGCCUACUCCUCUCAUUUUCUCUUUUCAACUCUCUCCCCCUCUACUCUCUCUUUUUUUCUGGUGCCCAGCCGUGGAGUUAGCUAGAGCACAGAGCUGAGGCAGGACAGCUGAAAAGACCAGAGAGAAAAGGUGUGCCUGAAAUGUCCGGCUUUUAGAGGACCUUCCAUCAGGGGUCCUGCAUGUGCGUUUCCUCCCAGCUGCAGAAUGCCGAGCCCGCUGUGCCCUGGGUUGUAGCUCCCCUGGGAGCUCUGGAACUUUUUAAAAACACUUAAAAUAGUCUGAGUGGAAUGAUUUUGCCAGUAGGACCAAAGGCAGAGGCGGAGGUUGUAACCCAUUAUGUGGUAUAGAACGGCCUGCAUUUGGUUCCUAAUUAGGUCUUUGAGGCAUUAAUGGAAAUUAUUAUGUUCCUGUACGUAAUAGACAGGCUCAUAUGCUGAAGGCCACAGGGAAGUAGCUUGGCAUUAUGCAAAUACUUUAAUAAAAUCGCUGCUGUGUUUUAUUGAAUUAAUGCAAUGUAUUGUGUUCCUCUUGAAUUUUAAUGGCAUACCUGGAAUUUGGUAGGAACUGCACCUAUCUGACAUAAGUACUCUCUUUUUAAGGGCAUCAUAUUCUUGCUAGUUUCGUUCGAAUUUUGGUCAAGUUACAUUGGAUCUUGGCAAAUGUGUUCAUCACAUCUACAGAUACUGCCAUAGUACUGUGUGUUUGUGUGCAUGCAUUAUGCAGAAAUUAGAUGCAGUUAGAGGGAGUCAAGUCUUCACCUUUCUCACCAGAGUCGUCAGUGGCGUGUCAAAUCUUGGACACCAGUUUUACAAUUAUUUGCUCCAAAAAUGAUUUGCUCCAAAAUAACUUAUUCUAGAAGAAAACAGGCGUAUUCCAUUACAGCUGUUCAACCUUUCUAUUUCUGACACUGUGACACAGGAACUGUACAAAAGGGUGCCCUUUCGUCAGUGGUUAAAGUGCAAAAUCCCACAGCUUAUGUAGGCAGACAGGCUUCAGAAUGGCAGUUACAGGUAGGAGUUGAGAAGAUGUGCAAGUCAAUUCAAUAAUGUUUUGAGAGAUAUGACAUUGAAGUUGAUAUGGACAUGAUCACACAUAAUAUGGUUGACAUUUGUCCUCCAGACAGAAAUUAGUAGAGUAGUUUAACGUACACUACCUGUCAAAUGUUUUGACCGGUAGUGUACACCUACUCAUUCAAGGGUUUUUCUUUAUUUGUACUAUUUUCUACAUUGUAGAAUAAUAGUGAAUACAUCAAAACUAUGAAAUAACACAUGGAAUAAUGUAGUAACCAAAAAAGUGUUAAACAAAUCAAAAUAUAUUUUAUAUUUGAGAUUCUUCAAAUAGCCACCCUUUGCAUUGAUGACAGCUUUGCACACUUUUGGCAUGAGGAAUGAAUUUCCAACAGUCUUGAAAGAGUUUCCACAUAUGCUGUGCACUUGUUGGCUGCUUUUCCUUCACUCUGCGGUCCGACUCAUCCCAAACCAUCAUCAUUUGGUUGAGGUUGGGGGAUUGUGGAGGCCAGGUCAUCUGAUGCAGCACUCCAUCACUCUCCUUCUUGGUAAAAUAGCCCUUACACAGCCUGGAGGUGUGUUGGGUCAUUGUCCUGUUGAAAAACAAAUGAUAGUCCCACUAAGCCCAAACCAGAUGGGAUGGCGUGUCGCUGCAGAAUGUUGUGGUAGCCAUGCUGGUUAAGUGUGCCUUGAAUUCUAAAUACAUCACUGACAGUGUCACCAGCAAAGCACCCCCACACCAUAACACCUCCUCCUCCAUGCUUUACAGUGGGAAAUACACAUUCAGAGAUCAUCCAUUCAUCCACACCGUGUCUUUUGGUUGGAACCAAAUAUCUCACAUAUGGACUCCAGACCAAAGGGCAAAUUUCCACUAGUCUAAUGUCCAUUGCUCGUGUUUCUUGGCCCAAGCAAGUCUCUUCUCCUUAUUGGUGUCCUUCAGUAGUGGUUUCUUUGCAGCAAUUCAACCAUGAAGGCCUGAUUCACACAGUCUCCUCUGAACAGUUGAUGUUGAGAUGUGUCUGUUACUUGAACUCUGUGAAGCAUUUAUUUGGGCUGCAAUUUCUGAGGCUGGUAACUUUAAUGAACUUAUCCUCUGCAGCAGAGGUAACUGGGUCUUCCAUUCCUGUGGCGGUCCUCAUGAGAGCCAGUUUCAUCAUAGCGCUUGAUGGUUUUUGCGACUGCACUUCAAGAAACUUUCAAAGUUUUUGAAUUGUUCCGUAUUGACUGACUUUCAUGUCUUAAAGUAAUGACGGACUGUCGUUUCUCUCUGCUUAUUUGAGCUGUUCUUGCCAUAAUAUGGACUUGGUCUUUUACCAAAUAGGGCUAUCUUCUAAAAUGCAUUACCUAGGUUGAGGAAUAUAAUAUGCCGCUAGUAAGCCAUGUAAUUGGUUAAUCUAACAGCUAAUAACUUCGUAGUAUACCCAGUUAUGUCUAGGCCUAUGCAAUCAUUGCAGAUGCGACUUUGGGAAACCCUGCUUUAGGCUACUGUUUGACCAAGUUGUGCUUUUAGCCACCCCAAAAUAGAAUGUUUUGAGUGAAGUAACCAGAUAGAAUUUGCGGCUCGCGCCGAUGUGACCAAAUAAAAAUUUAACUUGACAAUUCAAGUCAAAGGAUGGCAAAAUGUGACCACCCUGGAGCCCUGUUCGUCGCUGAAGUCACCUCAUCAGUGUGUUUCACUGUUCUUCCCCAUGAACCCCAUAACCAAUUCUCAUUUAUCCCAACAAAAUACUUUUCUUGUCCGUCAAGCAUGGUCCUCAUUACCCUUACAUUUGAUCUGUUAAAUAUUCCAUGUGAUUCGGCUGGGGCUGCAGGAGAGUUAAGCCCAACAUCUGCGACGAUCUCAAUAUAACUAGGGCUCUAUAAAUACAUGCAGGUCAAGCUGUGUAAAUUCUCCUAGUGUACCCACAUGUGGGCCCCGCUUGAUUAGGAGUGCUCCGGUCCUCUCGGCCUCUCUCUCGCCCUCACACAGCCAACGCCAUCUGUUAUACUAGUGAUCACAACCCUUCUGCCCUGCACUGUACUUUCCCUUUCUGUACAUUACUGCACAAUGACACCCACAUGGUGAUACAAACGUCAUGAUGAUCUUCCUCAGACAUUUUAUUGUGAUAGGAUUGCCUCGUAAGCUUGAGAUUUUGGUAUUGUAUGAGCUAUACUGUGCAUUCGGAAAGUAUUCAGACCCCUUGACUUUAUCCACAUUUUGUUACGUUUCAGCCUUAUUCUCAAAUGGAUUAAAUUGUUUUUUUCUUCUCCUCAUCAAUCUACACACAAUACCCCAUAAUGACAAAGCAAAAACAGGUUUUUAUACAUUUUUGCAAAUGUAUUAAAAAUAAGAAACGGAAAUAUUACAUUUACAUAAGUAUUCAGACCCUUUACUCAGUACUUUGUUGAAGCAGGUUUGGCAGCGAUUACAGCCUCGAGUCUUGGGUAUGACGCUACAAGCUUGGCACACCUGUAUUUGGGGAGUUUCUCCCAUUCUUCUCUGCAGAUUUUUAAUUUAUUUCAUCCAUUUUAGAAUAAGGCUGUAACGUAACAAAAUGUUGAAAAAGGGAAGCUGUCUGAAUACUUUCCGAUUGGACUGUAUAUAGGAUUUUCUUCUAUGUAUGUGUCCUUGACCCAAUGGUGACCACAGAUAUCUAUCCAAACAUCAUUGCUAUGGGCUUUCCUGCAGAGCGACUCGAAGGAGUGUACAGAAACAAUAUAGACGAGGUUGUACGGUGAGUAACAGCCACUCAUGACCUAAACUGGUGAGGACUGUGUAAUGAAUGCGUGUGGAAUGUGGUUUGUGACCAACAUUAGACAAAACAAUCCAAGUAUCCUGAGGUGUUUUGCAUUCUCAUUAGAUGCAUUAUGUUGUCAAUUUCUGUAGUUACGGAAUGUUUUGAAUGUAACUUUACCUUUUACCUCAACAGGUUUCUUGACUCUAAACAUAAAAACCAUUAUAAGAUUUACAAUCUGUAAGUAUACCGCAAAACGCUUACACGCUAAUAUCAAUGUUUGUUUACAAAUGAAUUGCUCCUUCAUGACCGCUGACUGAAUAUCCUUCCUAUUUUAGUUGUGCAGAACGACACUACGAUGCUGCCAAAUUUAACUGCAGAGGUACGCCAUCACAAACAAAAUGUUUUUAGAGCCAGGUUGCUGAAAGGAAACGUACUCUUUAUAUUUCUCUCUCUCUCGAUCUCUCUCCACCCUCCAGUUGCACAAUACCCCUUUGAAGACCACAACCCACCUCAGCUAGAGCUCAUCAAGCCGUUCUGUGAAGACCUUGACCAGUGGCUGAGCGAGGAUGACAAUCAUGUGGCAGCCAUCCACUGCAAGGCAGGGAAAGGCCGCACCGGGGUGAUGAUCUGCGCCUACCUCCUGCAUCGUGGCAAGUUCCAGGACGCCCAGGAGGCACUUGACUUCUACGGGGAAGUGCGGACAAGGGACAAGAAGGUCAGUGACAGUGACUUGCCAUGGGUGGAGACUAGGCAUUUAACAUUAUUUCACUAUUCAAAUAAUAUCAUACAUUUUUUUCGGAUAUCCGGAUAGUGACCUAUCAGAAUGACGCAAAUGCACAUGGCAGAGAACAGUGGAUAGGCUGCUUUUUUCUCAGCAAAUUUUUUACUAAAAGCAACAGUGAAAGAGAAGUCAGACUUUCGGCCAUGAUAGAACUGAUUCUGUUACAAAAAUGUUUUCUGGUGAAUGUUUUGCAUUGGUCUGUGCCAGGUAUUGUGGAAACUCUGUUAGGUGUGCGCCUGUAAUUGCUAUUUGAAGUGGGGAAAAUAGCACACCAAUGUCAAUGCACAGCAGAAACUACAUUCAAAAGUUUGUUUUUAUAAAAUUUGGUAUUUAAAAUGUCAUGGUGAUAUCCGUAAAGGUAAUAAUGUCACAAUGAUAAUUUGAAGUUAUAAUAAAGCUUUUUUUAUUGUCCCCAAAAAAAAAUCUCAAAAAAUGAACACAAGUAAUCGAAUACUAACGUCCGUUCGGAUAUUUGAUUAACCGUGCCCAUCCCUAGUGGAGACUAGAUGCUAGUACUCGGUGUGAGAAUUUUUAUAAAUGCAGACUAGGCCUAGAUCUUCGGGGUUUUGUCAUAGACCUGCCGUGAUCUAAUUUUUACAUUUACAUUUGAGUCAUUUAGCAGACACCCUUAUCCAGAGCGAUUUACAGUAGUGAGUGCAUACAUUUUCAUAAUUUUUUGUACUAGUCCCCCGUAAUAAUCAAACCCACAACCCUGGCAUUGCAAGCGCCAUGCUCUACCAACUGAGCUACACAGGAUUUCCAAUACGUAUUUUCACAAUCUGUAUAUCCUGUUCUUUGUGGUAAUUAUUAAAUUGAGUUAAUUUUCUAGCAUUGACUGUUUUUGUUGUCUUUCCUUUUCAGGGAGUGACGAUCCCAAGCCAACGGCGCUAUGUGUACUACUAUAGCCACCUGCUGAAGAAUAAGCUGGACUACAAGCCUGUGGCUCUCCUCUUCCACAAAAUGGUGUUUGAGACGCUACCAAUGUUCAGCGGAGGCACCUGCAGUGAGUCGCUCAUGUUUAACUUGACCUCCGACUCAGGGCGUAGGCAUGUAGCUCUUUAAACGGAUUGGCAGGCACUGAGUGUGCAUACGGCCACCCACGGUAGUAGAGAAUGGUGAGAGCAUGGAGUCAUAUUAUGUACUUUACAAUGAAGCCAACCAAGCUCUUGACCAGUUGCUUGUACUCUUUAAGAAAGAUGGCUAGAUAUUGAUGAGAAAGAGAACAUGGAUGACACUACUCUCAGCUGCAUUCAGCAAGUUUGGCUUCUACCUGCUUUAUCCAAAUUGUGACAUGUGUUUUGCUCUGCAGUUCAGAGGAUGAAUUCAGUACGUCUAAAUAACAAGUCACCAAGGACCUCUUACAGAUAUUAUAUUUUAUACGUUUUUUUCUUAAUACUUGCUCUUGAAAAAUAACUGCAAUUAUUUGUUCAGGGAUUUUCAGAAAGACAUGAAAAAAUGAAAGUCUGCACAAUGUUUGUUCCUUCAACUCCUAGCUCAUGUAGACAUUUUCACCACUGAUAUUUAUUCAAUUGAAUCUAAUGAUCUAGCCCAUGUCUUUCAUCUAAUGGAAUGUGAAUGACUACGCAUGUACAUCUACUGCAUGUAAUUUGCUUGGCUGAAACAAUGAUUUGAAUAUCUUUGAUCAUAUUAUGAAAACCAGCUAGUAAUGUGGUUUUCUGGUUUAAUGUGCCCGAGUCACAGAUCAUCUUUCUUCUUGGUGUUUUCUCAAUAUGUCACUGUUGCACAAAAUGUACCUUUUUCCUCCUUGAAUUCUCUGUGAUGCUCUAACCUAACAUCUGAAUGUGUUCAACUGCUCUGCACUCACCCUUCUCUUUCCCUUUUAACACUCCCUAGAGAGGGCCCUAUUCUGAGUUUGACGUUCUCUUUUUACGAAGAUAGAAAACAUCAGGUUCGCACUCAAUCUAAAGUCUUGGCUAAAUGCUGAGGUGGAUUGUAGUGAUGCGCAGGUCAGCUGUUUGUCCCCCCCCACCCCCGCAAUUGCUAAUAAACCCAUCCACAACCGCUCAACUAUAUGUGAUAAAGGUCAAAUCUGAGGCCUGCACCCAAAUAUAGAAAAUGCGCUGUACCGUCAGAUGGCGAAACAAUGUUUUGACAGGUCUUUUUAGAUAGGCCCAUGUUUCUGCUUAUUUCUCAUUUGCUAUUUGUUAGUCAACUUGUCUAUAAAUAGAUACAUGCAGCUUCUCUUCUGUCAUUACUUGUUUCCCUAAGACUAAAUAAACCCUUCUCACCAGAAUGUCAUAAAUCGAUAGAAUGAAUGAUUCAAUCUAGUUGGCAUCGGUAAAGUUUGUUUUCUCUUUCAUUUCUGCUUCUCUCAGGCUGUAAAGAUGUUUAGGGACCGGGGAGAAAAUGCAAUAACUCAACAACAAAACAAAAGAAAACCAAAAGAUUUUCAGUACAACAUUUACUAAUGACAUCCGUUUGACUGGUUUUAAGGACAUUUAAAGCUGUUAAAAUUACUAAACACAUUUCUUUUGGGCGGCGGCUUGGAUGCAUAUUUUGUGGUUGAAAUACUAUCAGCUUUUAUGAUGCUGAUAAAGACAGCACAUUUACAUCCAUUCUCUAAAGAUGCUAAAAUAAAUACAGUGAGGGAAAAAAGUAUUUGAUCCCCUGCUGAUUUUGUACAUUUGCCCACUGACAAAGAAACGAUCAGUCUAUCAUUUUAAUGGUAGGUUUAUUUGAACAGUGAGAGACAGAAUAACUACAAAAAAAAUCCAGAAAAACGCAUGUCAAAAAUGUUAUGAAUUGAUUUGCAUUUUAAUGAGGGAAAUAAGUAUUUGACCCCUCUGCAAUCACAGAGGUCAGACGUUUCUUGUAGUUGACCACCAGGUUUGCACACAUCUCAGGAGGGAUUUUGUCCCACUCCUCUUUGCAGAUCUUCUCCAAGUCAUUAAAGUUUCGAGGCUGACGUUUGGCAACUCAAACCUUCAGCUCCCUCCACAGAUUUUCUAUGGGAUUAAGGUCUGGAGACUGGCUAGGCCACUCCAGGACCUUAAUGUGCUUCUUCUUGAGCCACUCCUUUGUUGCCUUGGCUGUGUGUUUUGGGUCAUUGUCAUGCUGGAAUACCCAUCCACGACCCAUUUUCAAUGCCCUGGCUGAGGGAAGGAGGUUCUCACCCAAGAUUUGACGGUACAUGGCCCCGUCCAUCGUCCCUUUGAUGCUGUGAAAUUGUCCUGUUCCCUUAGCAGAAAAACACCCCCAAAGCAUAAUGUUUCCACCUCCAUGUUUGACGGUGGGGGUGGUGUUCUUGGGGUCAUAGGCAGCAUUCCUCCUCCUCCAAACACGGCGAGUUGAGUUGAUGCCAAACAGCUCCAUUUUGGUCUCAUCUGACCACAACACUUUCACCCAGUUUUCCUCUCAAUCAUUCAGAUGUUCAUUGGCAAACUUCAGACGGGCAUGUAUAUGUGCUUUCUUGAGCAGGGGGACCUUGCGGGUGCUGCAUGAUUUCAGUCCUUCACGGCGUAGUGUGUUACCAAUUGUUUUCUUGGUGACUAUGGUCCCAGCUGCCUUGAGAUCAUUGAUAAGAUCCUCCCGUGUAGUUCUGGGCUGAUUCCUCACUGUUCUCAUGAUCAUUGCAACUCCACGAGGUGAGAUCUUGCAUGGAGCCCCAGGCCGAGGGAGAUUGACAGUUAUUUUGUGUUUCUUCCAUUUGCGAAUAAUCGCACCAACUGUUGUCACCUUCUCACCAAGCUGCUUGGCGAUGGUCUUGUAGCCCAUUCCAGCCUUGUGUAGGUCUACAAUCUUGUCCCUGACAUCCUUGGAGAGCUCUUUGGUCUUGGCCAUGGUGGAGAGUUUGGAAUCUGAUUGAUUGAUUGCUUCUGUGGACAGGUGUCUUUUAUACAGGUAACAAACUGAGAUUAGGAGCACUCUCUUUAAGAGUGUACUCCUAAUCUCAGCUCGUUACCUGUAUAAAAGACACCUGGGAGCCAGAAAUCUUUCUUAUUGAGAGGGGGUCAAAUACUUAUUUCCCUCAUUAAAAUGCAAAUCAAUUUAUAACAGUUUUGACAUGCGUUUUUCUUGAUUUUUUUGUUGUUAUUCUGUCUCUCACUGUUCAAAUAAACCUACCAUUAAAAUUAUAGACUGAUCAUUUCUUUGUCAGUGGGCAAACGUACAAAAUCAGCAGGGGAUCAAAUACUUUUUUCCCUCACUGUACAUCCUAUUUUUCCACUAAUAUUAUAUUAGGCUAUGUGCGAGGUUAUAGACCUACAGUCAGUGUCCAGAUUUCAGUUAGGCUACUAUUCCAUUUAACCAAUAUGAACAGUACAGUUCCCUUGACGUGCCAUUUUGAAGUCCCUCUUGUGACUGUCAAUUUUGUAUAGCGGCUCACAAUCAUCACACACAACAUAGCCGGCCGGCACUGCUAUCAUCCUCUCCUACCACUUCACCAAAUCUUUCCCAAACAUUAGACUAUUGUUCUUGCCCUCCGUUCUAUUUAUUUUUCAACUCUCCAUUUCACAGCUUUUCUCUUAUUGAAUUAAACUCCCCCCAAAAAGUUUUGCCUCAGUCGAUCAACAUGAACUUUUUCUACCCAAGUUCCCAAAAGCAUUUGGCAAUUGCCGUGUAUUUGGCACGCUACAGUGUUGGGCCCUAAAGCUUUAGACUAUGCACUAAUGCCAGAUAAAAAUAAUGAAAGAAAACCUCAAUGUAGGCUAUAGAAAUUAAUUGCACAGGAAUUAUGGAUUUUUGAUGCAUUUUCCCUUUAUUCAACCCGCUCGCCACCCACCUGCCCUUCAUCGACACAAUAUUUCAUGACCCUAAACCCGCCCGCGGAUAUAACUGCGGGUACUGCGGGUUAUGAGUCAACCCGCACAUCACUAGUGUAUUGGGUGAGAAACUCAUUUCAAUGGACUAGCAUAUAAGACGGUUCCUCAUUGGUGAAUACAUUCAUCGCACAUUGUUAAGAAUUAAAUAAGCUAAAUGCAGCUUUCUGGCAUUGGGAUUUUUAAUGGUCAAUUGAGAUGCUCUUGAAAUAUCUACAGUUUGAAGUUCCCACAUGUUUUUUUUCCUGUGAAUUAUUAAUGUAUUGCACCAUAUAUCCCAAGUCUUGUUGACUAGAUUUAAGUUGAUAUCUCCAUUUGAAAGCAUUGUUUUUAGAUGUGUGGCUGUGUAUGUACAUAAUUGAUAUCCUAUCAUAUAUCUGUACCGUUAGAAGUGUUCCUACUGUGUUCUGAAGGCCCAGCCUGCCAGCCCUGCCAGGCUGUGUGUUAAUCUCCUUCUCUCUCUCUAAGGGGACAGUACCGUUAAAAACAGGAGCGAGCCGAUCCCUCAGGGCUUCAAGAAAGGGAAUUGGCAUUGGGGUAAAUGAGCCUUUCAUCCGUUUUGAUGUACUUUCCUCAUAUACUGUUCAUUUGGCCCCAAUUCCAACAAGAACUAGAAAGGUAGAACUUAUUCUAGUCAAGGCUAGAAGGAGUUGUAGUGUUAAGACAUCAUUGCAAUGUGGAGGCAGACAAAGACCAACCAACCACCCCCUUAUGAGAAGUUUCAAACUCUCACAAAUGUAAUGCUAUUGUUAUUGACGGAAGCGCGACAGUCAUCAGAAUGGGGUCCCAUGUCUUUGGUUCUGGUUCUUUUUGGGUGCUAUUUGUGGUCUGGUUAUUUCCCUCUCUCCUCCUUUGUGGUCUGGUUCUUUCCUUCUCUCCUAUAUUGGAAAACACGGUUUUAGAGAACUCACAACUAGGGGUUGCUUUUGUAACUGUCCUUCAAGGAGGACAUGGCAGCAACUCCAAGACUACUAAGACUUGUAUCCUGUCUUGUCUGGUUCUCUCUACCUCCAUUACCCUUCGUUGCCACCUCUCUCCCUAUCUCUGCCCCCUGUCUCUGAAACACUCACCCCUUUAGAUCCUCAGUUUGUGGUGUAUCAACUUAAAGUCAAGAUCCACACGUCCAACCCGGCUCACACGCGGAGGGAAGAAAAGCACAUGCUAUUUGAGUUUCCCCAGCCGCUGCCCGUCUGUGGAGAUGUCAAAGUGGAGUUCUUUCACAAGCAAAACAAAAUGAUGAAGAAGGUUGGUUAGUUCCGCCCGUCACGAGUGUCUCUAGUUUCCCACUGGAUUUCCUUGGCUUCAGCUGUUAUGGAGUUUUCAAUUGCUGACCCAUUAUAGUUAAUGCCUGGUAUUUUAUCAUAAAGGGUGUUUUAUGUGCGUCUCCUAUAGUAUUAUACAUGAUAGUCCUAAUGAACAAUGGUUAUAAACGUCAUUCUGAAGUUAAAAUUGGCUAGCUUACCUGGAAAUGUAUUGUAGCAUGUUACUAUAAAUAACUGUAAGGAUUUUCACACUUAUGUACUCUAAAUGUUUAGCUUUUUGUAAGCCUGCAUUAACUUCAAUAAUUGUCAGACAGACUCCAUUACAGUUAGUCAGUACCUCUCCCUCUCCACUAUCCAGGAUAAGAUGUUCCACUUCUGGGUUAACACCUUCUUCAUCCCCGGGCCACUGGAGGAGAGCAUGGAGAAGGUGGAGAAUGGGUCGAUGGUGGUUGUGAACGAUGUAGACGGGGUCCAGAACCAGCCCACGAUUGGCACCCCUCCCCAGGCACCACAGAGCGCUGAACGCAGGGACAGCGGCAGGGACAGCGACAGGGACUACCUCAUCCUCGCGCUAACCAAGAAUGACCUGGACAAGGCCAACAAAGACAAAGCUAACCGCUACUUCUCACCUAAUUUCAAGGUGAGCCAUUUAAACAUGGUUGUAAUGGUUAACAAUAUGAGGAAGGUACUACAAAUCUGUUGUGUAAAUCUAUCAAUUGGUCUUUGCCCUAUUAGAAUCCUGAUGAAAUUGAAACAUUGGGUUCCCUGUUCUGAUAUUGUGGCUUUCUCUCUCUCUCUCUCUCGCUCCUUUAGGUGAAGUUGUAUUUCACGAAAACCGUGGAAGAUUCUUCGAAUUCUGAGGCGAGCACUUCGACAUCCGUCACUCCGGACGUUAGCGACAACGAGCCUGACCAUUAUCGAUAUUCCGACACCACUGACUCUGAUCCGGAAAACGAACCUUUUGAUGAGGAGCAGCACACGCAGAUCACAAAAGUGUGAACAAAAAAAAAAAACA